AAUUAAAAAAUUUAAAUGAAAACAAAAGAUAGUGAGAGGAGAAGAUGAAGGGCACUUUACUACUUUUUUAUGUUGCACGCAUCCAUGGCAGAAAUCAGAAGGCAAACAAGAGUACUAUUACAAGGCCAACAACAAAAACAGAAGAAAAACAAAAUAGCUAGCCAAAUUUCUCUGUUAACAUAAAAAAAAAACCCUUUUACUCCUUCCACUAUCUUGGCUUAGCUAAUUGGUCUUAUUCUCCAAUAAGAAGCACAAAGAAGCAUCAAAAAGAAGAAACAAGUCAUUAGGCCACAAAGGAGAGUACUUGAAUAAAUGAUUGUAUAUGAAUGAGGUGGGUGUCCUUAGAUGGACAUCUCCAGUUUCAUGCAAUUUUCUUUUGCAGUUUUUCUAGGUAAUUUGUUUUGAUUUGAGGCCAAAACUGAGAGCUUUUUUUUUAUUUUCCAAGUGGAGAAAAAGAGCUGAUUUUGUGGGCUUACUUUAGAUGAAGGGGAUGCCCUUGCCCUUUGAAUUUGAGGGGAAGGGGGUGUUAGACUUAGAAGUUUUGUUCAACAAAAAUAGUAACUUGAAUUCUUGGAACCACCACAAUAAGAAUAGCAAAGAAAGUAGUUACUUUGUAAAUAGUCCAAGUGCUGUCCUGGAUACUAUAAGGAGUCCAAGGCCUAUUACUUCCUCUUCAACCCUGUCUUCAUCUUUGGGUGGUGGUGGUGGUGGUGGCGGCACUGCUUCCACAGACACUGCAGGCGGCGGCGUGGCGGCAGUUUCAGCAAACAAAUGGCAGCAAGACAACACCACUGCCACCAGCUCCAAUGUGGGAGGAGCUGAAUCUGAGGUCCCACCCCAAUCUCUUGAGAUGGGUGCUGCUGGAGGAGAGAAAUGUGCUAUGGAGGAGUGGGAAGGUGGGUUAUCUGAGUCUGUUAUGGCUUCUCCUUGCCAAGAACAGUCUAUACUCAGGUGGAUCAUGGGAGAUGUGGAUGACCCUUCCAUGGCUAACUUGAACAAGGUCUUGCAGGUUAGUGGCCCUGGAGGGGACAACUAUGAAUUCAAUGGAGGAUUUGGGGUUGUGGAUCAAGGCUUUGGUGUAGACCCAGUUGCCCAAAUUGGUAGCUUCAUGCCUGCGAUUAGCUCAUCUGUUUCUGUCUCAAGUUCAGGUUUUCCUACCACCAGAAUGAACAGUGACAAGAUUGGCUCCACAAAUCUCCCUCAAAAUCCAAUCUUUCCUUCAUUGUCUAACAAUCUUGGGUCGGUUACUUUUGGCCAGACACAGUUUGAGAGCACAGAUUUGAAGCCUCAGAGUUUCAAUUCACAGUUCUUGAUAAACCAGCACCAAACACAGAUUCCUCAGAACCCAUCGUUUCUUUUGCCAUUGCCAUUUGCACAGCAGGAGCAAAAUCUUGUCUUGCCACCGCAGGCGAAAAGGCAAAAUCUUGGAGGGCUUGAACCGGGCUCUCAGAUCUCCAAAGGACUGUUUGGGCACCAGCAGCCAACACCGUCUCAGCUCCAGUUGCUUCCCCAUUUCAGGCCAGGAGCAGUGGGGACAAAGCCAAAGAUGGUGGGGGAAGAAAUGGGUCAGUUUCAUCAGCUACAACAGCAGCAGCAACAACAACAACAAGGGAUUAUUGACCAGCUAUUCAAAGCUGCAGAGCUGGUCCAGACGGGGAAUCCGGUACUCGCGCAAGGGAUAUUGGCGCGGCUCAAUCACCAGCUCUCUCCAAUUGGUAAGCCUUUCUAUAGGGCUGCUUUUUAUUGCAAGGAAGCUUUACAAUUGCUACUCCAUGCCAACACCAACAACUUCAACAACAACCCUUCUAAUUCGCCUUUUAGUCUCAUUUUCAAGAUUGGUGCUUAUAAGUCUUUUUCUGAGAUCUCACCAGUUGCACAGUUUGCCAAUUUUACUUGUAACCAAGCCCUUCUUGAGGUCUUGGAUGGGUUUGAAAGAAUUCAUAUCGUAGAUUUCGAUAUCGGUUAUGGCGGGCAAUGGGCCUCCCUUAUGCAAGAGCUUGCCCUGAGAAGUGGUGGCGCACCUACUCUGAAAAUAACUGCAUUAGCCUCACCCUCCACACAUGACCAGCUAGAGCUUGGACUCACCAGAGAAAAUUUGAUCCAUUUUGCUAGCGAAAUCAAUAUGGCAUUCGAGUUUGACAUUCUAAGCAUCGAUUCUUUAAAUUCAACGUCAUGGUCACUGCCUCCUCUAGUCUCAGAGAAUGAGGCAAUUGCUGUCAACCUUCCAGUUAGCUCUCUUUCGAGCUAUCAAUUGUCGCUUCCAUUGGUUCUUCGUUUUGUGAAGCAAUUAUCACCUAGGAUUGUGGUUUCUGUGGACAGAGGUUGUGACCGGACUGACCUGCCAUUUCCAAAUCAUGUAAUUCAAGCCCUUCAGUCCUACUCAAACCUUCUCGAGUCACUAGACGCUGUAAAUGUGAAUUUUGAUGCCCUCCAAAAGAUAGAGAGGUUCUUGCUCCAACCAGGAAUUGAGAGAAUUGUAAUGGGUCGUUUUCGUUCCCCUGAAAGGACGCAGCAUUGGCGGGAACUGUUUUUGUCAUCUGGAUUCUCCCCAUUAUCUCUCAGCAAUUUUACAGAAUCACAGGCCGAGUGUGUAGUCAAGAGGACUCCUGUUCGAGGUUUCCAUGUGGAGAAGAGACAGUCUUCGCUUGUUCUCUGCUGGCAGCGGAAGGAGCUCAUCUCAGCUUCAGCUUGGAGGUGCUGAGGAGCAGUAAAUAAAAUUUGCAGCUACCAACCAACCACCCAUGAAAAAGAAGGUGCUGCAUAAGUCAUAAUAUAUCACUGUUUUAGUAUUGAACCUUUCAAUUUUUGUUGCCCGCAAUUUUCAUUUGCUAAUUUCCUGUGGCGUAGGCAGAUUGUUUCGGCAUUAUAAGAAGAAUCAGACAUUCUGUUAACUGUUCUGCUAUAGUUGCUUAUAUCAGGGUUUAUGUUAAUUAUGUUAUUAUUGUCAUGGUGCUCUAUGAUUUUCUGGAGGUAGGCCUCCGCUGCUUCUAGUUAUUGCCGGGAACUGUGUUGUAAUCUUGACGACAUUACAAAACCAGAAAUUUAAAAAGACGGAAUUUUAACCCGUUUCAUUGA